UAACGCUGGUUGCACGUCUGAGCCUGACUCAGCCACGCAGACUUAUUGAGCCAAACUAAACGCGUGCUCUCUUUAAACUGACCCCACGGUCCCGCUCGUUUUCGCCUCCCUUGGAUUCAUUUGCGUUUCGUUUGCGGCCGGGACAGUUUUGACGCGCGAGAAAGAAGGUGUCAGUAUAAAUCUUUUGGACCACCAAGUGAAGUGCACUAAGUGUGGGGAUUGAUGGAUGGGGACUGCUCAUGGCUGACUGUCUGUGAGCACAUCUGAAACCAGCCUGAGAGGAUAAUUUAAUAAAUGUUGCUUUACCAUCUGGGGGCUUUUGCCAGCUCUGCAGGACUUACGAACACCCACACUGCGGGUCACUCUGCCCCCAAAUCUGCGCUUCCACCCUUGUUCCCCCACUCCCUUCCUCUGCUCCCUCUUUUGAUGGGACUGGGGCUUUUACUGUGUUCUGCGUUCUUAGUGUCAUCCAAAUUCCUGCGUGUAUCACCACAGACUGCAAGUGUCUAUUGGAUGAAUUCAGAAAGUAUGCAGUAUUGGCCCCCACCCAGCAUAAUGGACUUGUAACAACUGCAAGGAAUUAAUCCAGAUUUUCCUCACUUCUCAGGACGUGCUGCAAGGACUUUACUAAUUUAGGAGUGCAGAAGAGUUUUUUAUCUUUUUGAAUAAAAAAAAUCUUAAUCCAGAAAAAAAGAACUUAAAAGCUCAUGUAAAGUGUACACCAUGAGCUCGGACAGUUUUCAGUACCGUGCACUGUUUGAGUACAAGCGGGAAAGGGGAGAUGACAUCUCUCUGCAACCUGGAGACCUCCUCACCGUCAGCAAAUUAGCACUUGUAACACCAGACUACCAGGAGGGUGAUGAGAAAAACCCCAAGGGCUGGCUCCAUGGCACUAAUGAGCGCACCAAGGAGAAGGGCGACUUCCCGGGCACCUUUGUGGAGUACGUUGGGGUUGUGCGGGUGGGCCUACCUGCAGGAAAGCCCUGGCCUAGGCCUGUACCCCCAACCCCUGGAGGGCCCCAAACACCUGUAGGGCCCCAGCCUCCAGGGGCCUGUGCAUCAGGGGGCUGCGGGUUGGGGGAUGUUGUGGAGCAGUGUGCUGUGCCGGACCAGGCCCCAGUGGUGGUCCUCAGACUGACUGAAGCUCUGGAGAGACCGGGCUGGGAAAACGAGACAAUCUACAGGACCCCUCCUGCUUCCACCGGACCCCCUGAAUUACGACAGGCCCUGGACACAGACCCAGCUGCAGUGGACUGUGAGCAGUAUGACUUGUCCGUGUUGGCGGAUGCUCUGAGAUUUUACCUGCAGGAGCUGCCGUGUCCACUCAUCCCUGCUGUGGUCUACAGUGAGCUGGUCUAUACUGCUCAGGAAACUCAGAGUUUGGAGGAGUGUGGUCAGCAGCUGAAGAGAAUCCUGGACUCUCCCAGCAUCCCACAGUCUAACCACCAGCUUCUGGUCUAUCUGACCCGACACCUUAGCAAGGUAACCCAGAGUGGAGGGGCUGCUCAGGUCAGUCCCAGGCUGCUGGGCCAGGUCUACAGUGAGGCCAUCUUCAAAAACAACCACUUCAGUGCCGAUGUGAACCCAGAGCACCAUGUGAAGAUUCUAGAGGCUCUCAUUGUGGUCGGAGGCCUGAUGGAGAUGCAAGCUGCCCCAGCUCUUCCUCCCAAACCGGCCAAACCCAUGACUCCUGUGAACAGCAAUGGUGUGAAGGAGGCUGCAAGCAGCUCAUUACAGGAAGCAGAGUGGUACUGGGGAGACAUAUCAAGGGAAGAGGUGAAUGACAAAUUGCGAGACAUGCCAGACGGAACUUUCCUGGUACGGGAUGCCUCUACAAAGAUGCAGGGAGAUUACACACUAACUCUAAGGAAAGGUGGCAACAAUAAGCUAAUAAAGAUCUACCACCGCGAUGGCAAGUAUGGUUUCUCGGAACCUCUCACCUUCAGCUCAGUGGUGGAGCUCAUCAGUCACUACAGACACGAGUCUCUGGCUCAGUACAACACAAAACUGGACGUCAAGCUCAUGUACCCCAUCUCCCGCUACCAGCAGGAUCAGCUGGUUAAAGAAGACAACAUCGACGCUGUUGGGAAGAAACUCCAGGAAUAUCACAAUCAAUAUCAGGAGAAGAGCAAAGAGUAUGAUAGACUGUAUGAGGAGUACACAAAGACCUCACAGGAGAUUCAGAUGAAGCGCACCGCAAUAGAAGCCUUCAAUGAGACCAUCAAGAUAUUCGAAGAGCAGUGUCACACGCAGGAGCGCUACAGCAAGGAGUAUAUCGAGCGCUUCCGCAGAGAGGGCAACGACAAGGAGAUCGAAAGGAUCAUGAUGAACUACGCCAAACUCAAGUCACGUCUCGGCGAGAUCCACGACAGCAAGAUCCGCCUGGAGCAGGACCUGAAGACACAAGCUCUGGACAACAGAGAGACAGACAAAAAGAUGAACAGCUUAAAGCCAGAUCUCAUCCAGCUGAGGAAAAUCAGAGACCAGUAUCUUGUCUGGCUCAACCACAAAGGUGUACGACAGAAACGAAUAAACGACUGGCUGGGCAUCAAAAACGAGAACACAGAUGACGCUUACUUUGUGAGUGAAGAAGACGAGAACCUGCCACACUAUGAUGAAAAGAGCUGGUUUGUUGGGGACCUGAAUCGCACACAGGCUGAAGACCUGCUUUUAGGAAAGCCUGAUGGAGCCUUCCUCAUCCGUGAGAGCAGCAAGAAGGGCUGCUACGCCUGCUCUGUAGUUGUUGACGGUGAGGUGAAGCACUGUGUGAUCUACAGCACGCCCCGUGGUUACGGCUUUGCCGAGCCUUACAACCUGUACAGCACUCUCAAAGACCUUGUUCUGCACUAUCACCAGACCUCGCUGGUCCAGCACAACGACUCGCUUAACGUGCGGCUGGCCUACCCCGUGUACGCACAGAUGCCCUCAGGCCCCCGCAGAUGAGGCUCCGCCUGCCCAAACACAACCUACCUACACACCAACGAAAAAAAACACGCCGUCACAGAAAACGAAACAAAAACAACAAAAAAAACACAACAAACACUUGCUGCAACACACACGUCAGCCA